AAACUCGAAUUUGGAAAUCUACGAUCAGUCUGUGUAGAAGAGAUAGGGGGAGAGAUUCGAAUGGCGAAAUUUUCUGUGGGAAGAGAAGAUGAAAGCGAAGGACCUAGCAGUCCAAGACCCAAGAAACUGCGAACCACCACCCCUCCACAACCUCAACAACAACAGCAAUUUCGACGCUGCGACCAACCAGUAGUCGAAGAAGAAGAAGAAGAAGAAGAAGAAGAUGAUGAAGAUGAAGAUGAAGAAGCAGAAUCUGAAUAUGAUGAUGAUGAUGAUGAAGACGAUGAGGACGACGGUGAAACCGAAGCUGAGAGAUCUCAUGCUGUACGUGUUUCGCUCGGACCCAGCGGGGACGGUUCAAUUUCCGUUACCCUAACAGACCCAGAUGUGCUCGAUUGCCCUAUCUGCCUCGAACAUUUGACCAUUCCUGUCUUUCAGUGUGAGAAUGGCCAUGUAGCUUGUUCCUCCUGUUGCUUCAAGCUUGGAAAUCAGUGUCCUUCUUGCGCUUGGCCAAUUGGUUAUAACCGUUGCCGGGCCAUUGAGAAAGUUAUUGAAUCAGUGAAAAUAUCAUGCCAAAACAUGAAGUAUGGGUGCAAAGAAGCGGUGAGUUACAGUAAGAAACAUGACCACGAGGAGGCAUGUGUUUACGCACCAUGCUUGUGCCCUCUUCCUGAAUGCAACUUUGUUGGAUCCUCCAAGCACUUAUCCCUACACUUCACCAGCAAACAUUCUAACUCCACUACGCGCUUCUGUUACAACUGCCUCUUCCCAAUAUCCAUAGAAAAGCAACAGAAGUGCCUCAUUCUUCACGAACAAAGCGAAGGUGGCAUUUUUAUUCUCAACAAUGGGAUUGACCCUCUUGGAAAUAUUGUUAACGUGAGUUGUAUUGGACCAAGCUCGACAAAGAGAGCGUUUGCAUACGAUCUCAUAGCAAGAAACGGUGAAAGCUCCGUGAGACUGCAAUCUUUCACAGAAAGCAUUCCUGGGCGGGUUGAGCAUCCACCUCUGAAGAGGUUUCUUCUGGUUCCGAGUGAUUUUGUUGGGUCUUGCAGGCAGCUCAAGUUGGAACUAUGCAUUCGGAGGAAUCAAGAAUUUCCGGCACACAUCUGAAGAGGUGAUUCUGUUGUUUAAAGCAAGUGUUGAUGUUGUGGACUCGCUGCAUUCCACCUGGAAUUGAGUGAUGCUAUUGGGUUUGUUCUGGCAAAAUGCUGUUUGCUUCUAUUGUAUUAUAUAGCCUAUAAAACCAAUUUAGCUUCUUGGAAAAUUGUUGGAUUUAAUGUUUGGAGUAAUAAGUAUAUCUCAUCUUGAAAAUUUUUAGACCUGCUGCUGCUAUGCUGUUGAUACUGUGAUAUAAUAUGCUGAGAUUUGAGUAAA